CUGUCAAGUGGGUGUGUUCCAUUUUGACACCCACUGUAUCUAAUGUGAACCAUUGGUAACAGACGUAAAUGUUGUAGUUCCAAUUGAACUGUGUCCUGCUCCUCCCGUAGCUCUCGGCGUGCAUGCUGUCGGGACCGAACAAUCCGCCGGACUCCCCCUCGGUCCACAGCUGGCACGAGGAGAAGCGCGCGCACUGACCUCGCUGCUGCAGAGAGCACGCGCUUCCUCCCGACGCAGCGAUGAAGAGAGCUGCGCUGUUCGUGGUCGCUGCCUACGCAUCAGCGCCCGUCCUCCUCUACCUCUUCCCGUGGAUACUUGGCCAUAUCAUCUAUUCCCACUUUUUGAGGUUUCCAUUCUUUGUGGACCUUGGCCAACCCGAAGCCGUGCUCAACCACACAUGCAACUUCUACCUGGACACGGAGGAGGGCGUCUCAGUGGGUGUCUGGCAUACACUCCCUGCCAGCCAAUGGGACGAGGCCAUGGGAAGAAGCCCUGAGUGGUACCGGGAAACUCUGGGAGACGGCCGCUCUGUUAUUAUCUAUCUCCAUGGCAACUUGGGGACCAGGGCCAUACAUCACAGAGUGGAACUGGUGAAGAUUUUAAGUGCUGCAGGGUAUCAUGUCCUAUCUUUAGACUACAGAGGUUUUGGAGACUCCACUGGUGAGCCAAGUGAAGCCGGGUUGACCAGUGACGCCCUCUUCCUGUUCCACUGGGUAAAGAAACAAGGCCGAGUAGGGCCUGUCUGCCUGUGGGGACACUCACUUGGCACCGGUGUGGCAACCAAUACUGCAGCGAAAAUCCAAGAAGAAGGGUCUGCUGUUGAUGCUUUAAUCCUUGAAGCUCCGUUCACAACGAUGGGAGACGUUGUAGUCAACUAUCCGCUCACUAAGAUAUACAUGUUUCUUCCAGGAUUUGAGGGCUUGCUUAGGAGCAUCGUGAAAAUGAACAACAUUGUGUUUGCUAGUGAUGAAAAUGUAAAGACCCUGAACAGCCCUCUACUCAUCCUGCAUUCAGAGGAUGAUGAUAUUGUACCUUAUCACAUGGGUCUGAAGCUGCACGAGCUGUCACUCCAGGCUAAGAAAGAAUAUGACACAGAUGUUCAGGUUGAAAUGAUCUCCUACAACGCAAACCUUGGAUUCUCCCACAACAACAUCUACUUGGAUCCAAAUCUGUCAAAGGUGGUCAGGAAAUUCCUACAAAACCUGAGACAGUAGAUCAUCUUUCGCCUCUGAAGAAGUAAAUAAUAGAUUUGAACUUUAUUUAAUCACAAAAUGCCUGCGUGUCAUCUAAAACAAAAGCACUGAAAUCAUUUCACAUGAUACAAUAUACUUUAACUUCAAACACUGGAACGAAAUGCUGCAAAUCAGAAAUUAGGUUUGUUGGUCUCUUGUGCUGAUACAGACACACAUUGUGUCAGCCCCGCCUGCAGUCACUCAGAAAAUGCAGCAUGAAACGGCAGGAAUGUAACUAUUAUCUGUUUAGUCAGCUGCUGUGAUACUGGCAGCCCACUGAAUUCUUGAGAUGUCAAAUAUUAAGGAAUGAUUAAACCUUGCUCUCCACACCGACUCUUGGGUUUCUCUUCAUCUUGAGGCUGGAGGACUAACGGAAAUGUUUAUAAUGCAAGUAGUUUGACAAUAAAAA